AUGGAAUCAGGAUUGUCAACUCUGCAAGGUUAUUGUGUAUAUCCAACACCGGGCUGCUCAGUGGAAACACUACCACCAACCAAUAUUAGCGCCAGACCUAACAAUCAAGCUUCAAGACGUCAAACCAAACCAAAGCGCUUAGCGAACACCAUUUACGAAAUGGAUCGUUCAGUGUCGCAACCAAGACGCUUUUUCUCGACUGGAAGAAGCCGGUCACGUAGACGGAAUAAACAGGUACUUGUAAAGCAACAACCGUCUGGAUGGUACCAGGCUGAUCGUGUGACUAGGAACUUGUCUUUGGCUCCCAGAGUCCCGACCUAUGAACAAUCGGAAGUUACUUACAGUGUUGCGGGUGACCAAGCUCAACGGAAGCGCAGAAACAAACGAAAUCGCAAGAACCUCAAUAAAUGGCAGAAACACGGAAGAUUUCCAUCACCAUCUGUAUUUCAAUCUACUUUGGGUUUAUUGAGUGAACUUCCUUGUGCCCGACUGCACUACGACAGUUUCCGGCGGAUUUUCCCUACUUUACCGACAAGAACCAUGAAAGAACGAAAGUUUCGUUUGGAGGCAGCACAACAAUUACCGUUCGCAAAAUAUCCUGACGAGCAAGUGCGCAGUAUCUUAGACACCAGUCCAACUAAAACGGAACCAACAGUUGGCGACAACAGCCUAUACACAUGGCAGACAAAGGACGACACAACAAAGACAAAUACACAAGGUGCUUUGCCAGGUGGGCCUGAAGAAGGUGACACGCAAAUGGCUAAUGAACUAAGCGAGGUUAGCAACGAACCUGACGAAGACGAAACACAAGAUGAAGAUGAAAACGAAGAGAACGAAGAGUAUGAGGGCGACGAACGACGGAUCGACGUUGUUCUUGAGGUUACUCGAAAAACGGAUACGACAAACACAGUCAGUGAACAUGUUCAAAACGACGAAAAUUUGGCCUCCGAAAAUCAGGUGGACUCAACAACUGCUGUAACGAAGUCAUCAAACAUGGCACCGGAAGAAUUCCUGUCGGUGAUGGAGACAGUGAGCAAGUUGAACGAUGACUUAGGGCUCACAAUGCCCAGAAGACAAUUCGAUGAAGAAUCACUACCUUUCAUUGACAUCGGUCAAGAACCGGAUGCCUUAGACCUGGCACCACUUGCUACCUACGUUGAAGUACCCAUACAGGCCAAAGCAACGCCACAGAAUUCUCCGGUGAGACGGGAAAUGGCAUCUUUGCGAAGGUUGACGACCAAUAACGUUGACGAACAAAUGCGGCGCGGCAGAGGUGACAGAUCAUCACCGAAAGCAAUCAGGCUUCAGAUCUCUCCUUCUGACCCAGUUAAAUUGACUCACAAACAAAGAGAACUAACAAUCACGACAGAAAAAGUACCUAACACACCAGAGGAAACCAUACCGACUCCUCAAGCUGCGGUCAGCCUGUUCGAAUCCGCUGCCUAUAACGGUCACCAAACUUUCGGUGCAUUUUUGUGCAAUGUUUGUGGCCAGACAGCAUAUCCCGCAGAAAGGUGUGAGGCUGAUGGACAGGUCUUCCAUGUAGCUUGCUUCCGUUGCCAUCAAUGCUCAACCAUGCUUCAACGUGGGGCUUGGAACCAACGUGGAUCGCACUACUUCUGUAAUCCUUGUCACCGCCGGAUUGCAUUGCAGACACUGCGUCAUUAA